UGAAAUUGUUCAAAACUGGGUUUCAGGAGUUGCUGUUCAUCUAAACUCUACAGCUAUGGACUCAAGAAUGGUGUUGGUCUUAUUAUGGAUGUUGCUGUCGUCCUCCACUGGAAUCAAACUAGAUGGAAAUGGUUAUGUUGAUGUUACCAUUGCAAUCAGUUCAAGAGUACCACAGGAUAACACGCUCAUUGAUAAAAUCAAGGACAUGGUCACUAAAGGGUCGAUUCAUCUUCAUCAAGCAUUGGAUAAAAAGGUCUAUUUCAAAGAAGCUACGAUACUCGUUCCACCCCACUGGAAUAGUACGGAAUUUACCAAAGCAAGAACAGAGUCCUAUGAAAAUGCAAACAUAAGAAUUGAUAAUGCUAAUCCAGCAUAUGGUGAUGAACCCUACACUCUUCAAUAUGAUGAAUGUGGAGAUGAGGCUCAGUUCAUUCAUUUCACCCCAAACUUCCUCCGAGACGAUACACUUAUUAAGACUUAUGGGUCAAGAGGAAAGGUCUUGGUUCAUGAAUGGGCUCAUCUGAGAUGGGGCGUGUAUGAUGAAUACAGUGAAACAAAUCCAUUCUACUACUCUAAUGGCCGUAUUAAAGCUACAAGUUGUAGCAAAAACAUUGAAGGUCAGUUUUAUGAAGAAUCACGUCAACCGUGCCAGACUGAUCCACAAACUUUACUACCGACUAAGGAGUGCAAGUUUUUUCCUAACAAAUAUCAAAACACAGACAGCUCUAUAAUGUUCUUACCAAGCCUGGAUUCUGUGAGCAAUUUUUCAUUUUGUCGUGACAAGGAGCACAAUUAUGAAGCCCCAAACUUGCAAAACAAAAAAUGUGGCAACAAAGCAACACGGACUGUGAUAUUUGAGGAUUCUGUUGAUAAAGACGCACUUCAUUCUCUGAAGCCACUGCUGUCCUCUCCACCAGCGCCAACUUUCAAAGUUGUGCAGCGAAUGCAUCGGGUUGUUUGUCUCGUCCUUGAUGUCUCAGGAAGCAUGAAAGGCUCUAGAAUCCUCCGACAGCAGCAGGCUGCCACACAUUUCCUUCAGACCAUCAUUGAGGAUCAAGCCAGUGCUGGAAUUGUAACCUUUAGUUCUAAUGCUAAAACUCUGAGCCCCUUGACUACUAUUGACAGUGAAUCCACACGAGAGAAACUCAUAAAAUUGUUGCCAAAAGUAGCAGGUGGAGAAACAUACGUUUGUAAAGGCCUCAAUCUUGGCUUACAGGUACUCGAAAAGGACAAUGGGGAUGUGAUGGGGGAUGAAAUCAUUUUUCUGACAGAUGGUGAAGCGACAGACAACAUUAAUAGUUGUGUUCCAGCUGCAAUUAAAAGUGGCGCCAUUAUUCACACAAUAGCUUUGGGUGAUAAAGCAGCUAAAGCACUGAGGGAAAUGGCUGACAAAACUGGGGGGAAAUUUAUCACAGCCAGUGACGACAUUCUUUCUAAUCAGCUACUGCAUGGAUUUUCUUCACUCACGAUACCAACAGGAGAUCAAACAAAAGACCCAGUUCAGAUAGACAGUGUGGGAAAAAAAACAUCAGACUGGUUCAAUGGGACAAUAUUAGUGGAUCAGACCAUUGGUAACAAAACCAGCUUUACAAUAACCUAUGAAACAAGUUUACCUGACAUUUCCAUACAGUCACCAAAUGACUCAACCUACAAACAAAUACAGAUGCAUCACUAUGAAGCAGCAAAAACAAUCACUUUAAAAGUUCCAGGAACUGCACAGCCUGGGGACUGGAAGUACAGUAUCCAGACUAAAAUAAGUCAGUCUCUGAUUAUAACAGCAACGAGUCAAGCGGCGCGAGCUGAUGUUCCUCCUAUCGUUGUCAAAGCCCGCAUGAACCAGCAGUUCAGUAACGGCACUAAACCCUUGAUAGUGUUUGCUGAGGUCAGUCAGAAUUACAUGUCUGUAAUAAAGACUGAAGUGUGGGCUACGCUGGAGACUGAAUCUGGAUCUGCACAACAAUUAAGACUCCUAGACAAUGGAGCAGGAGCUGAUGCUUUUAAAGAUGAUGGUGUCUAUUCCAGAUAUUUCACACAGGUGAAAAAAGGGAGAAGCAGCUUGAAAGUAAGAGUGAAGAAUCUAGAUGGACAAGCCAAAUUUACUACCCAAAAAAGGGGUGGUGCCCCAUACGUACCUGGAUAUGUGGUAAACGGUGUGGUGGAGCUGAACCCUCCAAAGCCUCCAGUUUCUGAGGAACCACUCGAGGUUGGAAGAUUUACCAGGACAGCCACCGGUGAGAGUUUUGAGGUGGCUUUUACAGGCUCAACCCCACCAAAUUUCCCUCCUAACAGAAUCACAGAUCUGAGUGCUGAGAUCCAGGAGGACUCUGUGUUUCUCAGCUGGACGGCUCCUGGUGAGGACCUUGACCAAGGGACAGCUAAAUCCUAUGAGAUCAGGUGGAGCUAUGACCUUCAAAUGCUUCGAGAAAGCUUCAGCAAUGGUCAUGUAAUCAACACAUCUGCUGUCUCACCGCUGGAGGCUGGAUCAGUUGAACAGCAUUCAUUCAAUCUCAGUUUCACAAUCCAAAAUGGCACCACACUCUUCUUUGCAGUUCAGUCUGAGGACAAACAAAAUGCGAAAUCUGAAACUUCGAACAUUGCUCAAGCUUCAAAGAUGCUCCCUGAUUCUCUCUCCAGUGUACAGCCACUCCAGUCGACAGCCACCAGAGAGUGUUUUGAAGUGGUUUUUACAGGCACAACCCCACCAAAUUUCCCUCCUAACAAAAUCACAGAUCUGAGUGCUGAGAUCCAGGAGGACUCUGUGUUUCUCAGCUGGACGGCUCCUGGUGAGGACCUUGACCAAGGGACAGCUAAAUCCUAUGAGAUCAGGUGGAGCUAUGACCUUCAAAUGCUUCGUGAAAACUUCAACAAUGGUCAUGUAGUCAACACAGCUGCCGUCUCACCGCUGGAGGCUGGAUCAGUUGAACAGCAUUCAUUCAAUCUCAGUUUCACAAUCCAAAAUGGCACCACACUUUUCUUUGCAGUUCAGUCAGAGGACAAAGAAAAUGCGAAAUCUGAAACCUCUAACAUCGCUCAAGCUUCAAAGAUCCUCCCUGAUCCAACUCCCUCUGCAAUAUCAAACCCAGGCUUGAAUUUGACAGUUCUAAUAAUUUCGUUGUGUGUUGUAACUAUGGUCAUAUGCUUUGUUGUUGCUGUAAUCACAUGGUCAGUGAGACGCAGAAAAAGCUUUGAUAUAAGCAGCAAUUGGGAAUUAACAAUUUGCAAUCCUACAACUUUAGAACAUUUCUUAAAAUAACCAUUUUUAUCAAAACAGAAUUUCUUACUUUCUGAAUAUUUUUUCAAGUACAUGUAUUGCUAUCUCAUUUAGAAAUCACAUUUAUAAUAGAUUCUCAAUCUGAAAUGUGAGCGACUUUAAAUACAAAAGAAUAAAAAUAUUUUUGUACAGUAA